AUGAAAUUCGCCGCGCUGGUAUUCUUUGCCUGUGUAGCCGCCGUCUCUGCCCGCAGGGCCCAUCCCUACCGUCUAAAACGUGACGACGUUCAGACUCCGACCGAUACUCAGGUCCUUAACGUAGCUCUUACGCUCGAGCACCUCGAGAACGCCUUCUAUUCGGGCGCUCUCGAAAGGUUCUCGGUGCAAGACUUCGCCAACGCUGGAUUCCAGCCUUGGGUUCGCGGUCGCUUCUUGCAAAUUGCAGAGCACGAGGCAGACCACGUCAAGUUCCUCUCAACCGCACUUGGGAGCGACGCGACCCGGCCCUGCACGUACAGCUUCCCAUACGACGACGUGAAGGGUUUUGUGGACUUGAGUGCGACCUUCGAACAGGUCGGGGCAUCGGCAUACACGGGAGCCGCGAAGUUCAUCUCCGACAAGGAUUAUCUCACCGCCGCGGCGACGAUUCUCUCCACCGAGGCUCGCCAAGCUGCGUGGGUCGAGUCCUCUGUGCGCCGCGGCUCUGCUUGGGGAACGGCAUAUGAGACGCCCCUCGACUUCAACUCGGCAUUCACGCUCGCCUCGCAGUUCAUCACUGAAUGCCCCAGCACAAACCCGGCAUUGCCCGCCAGAGCGAAUCCGGCACUCAACGCCACCGGCGAUGGCGCGCCCGGCUCGAAGCUUACACUCGCUUACGACGAUUCAACUAGCUCGGGCGAUCUCUACGCUGCCUUCCUCAACGGCCAGAACGCAAUCGUCGUCCCACUGUCAUACUCCAAGACCGAGGUACAGGUACCGCAGGGACUAAUGGGCUACACAUACCUCAUCAUCACGAAGGACAAGAUGGGGCUCGACCCCGAGCAGGUGGUAGCGGGCCCGGCUAUCAUCAAUGUUUCGCUGAAUGCAGACGACGACUUCGCACAGGUCCCUCUUUAG